GCUGCGGGCCGAGCGGGCGGCGGCGUGCAGACCCGACGGUCCGGAGGCAUCGCGGAGCUGGGGUCGCCGCGGCGCCGAGGCAGGAGAGGGAGAGGGGUCCCGGCCCAGAAGGCGGGAGUGGGAGGCCUGAGGGAGGCGCCUGGCCUGGAGCUGAGCCUGGAGCCAUCCCGGCCCAGCAGGCCCUGGGAGCCGGGGGGAGGGGGAGCCGAGCGGUCCCAAAGGGACACAGAGUCCUUCCGGGUCCCACUUGUCCUUUGAACCGCGGGGGGACUUUGUCCCCAUUUCCUGAGCCGCAGUCUGGACCGCAGCCCCUUCACCUGAGCCCCAGUGGGGACCCCAGGUCCCCCUCCUGAGCCCUGGCGGUGUCCCGCAGCCGCCUUCUCUGGACGCCACUGUGUCUCUCAGCCACUGGUCCCCUCUCUCAGCCGCAGGGCAGCGCUUCUCUGAGCUCUCCUCUUUGAAUGGCCGGGGAGAAAUCCCAUCCCCUCUUCCUGAAUUCCACAGGCCCCCAGCCCCCUUCUCUGAACCCCAGCUAGAGCUCUGCUGAUCUCCCCCUGUGAGAGCUGGGGGGAGACCAACUGCCUCUCUGAGACCCAGAAGUAAUUCUGAUCUCCCCUUCAGAACCACCCCACCCCAGUCUUUUCUCUUCUGAACCCCAGAGGGGACCCAGCUCCUCCUUCCCUAGACUCUGAGCGCAGAAAAGCCAGGAAGCACCUUCUCUCAAGCACACAGAGACCUCAGAUCCCUUUCCUGGUACCCCAAACUCUGAGCCCUAGAGGGGAGCUCAGAUCCUUCCCCAGGAAACGGUUUCCCUUGGGUGAUUCCUCCCAGUGGGCACCCCAGAGCAGCCCCCAGAGCUUCAGCUGACACUCAGUUCUCCUUCCUCUGGAGCUCUCGGGGACCCCUCCUGGGCACCCGGUUUCCAGCUCUGAGUCUGGGAGGACUUUGCUUUUUCUCUGGUUCCAUCUUUGCUGAGCUGCUGUGGGUACCCCCAGGCCCUCCUCUGAACCUCUGAGAGUUUCCAGCUUGAGGGUCUAGUUUUCCCUCUGCUAAGCCCUAGAGGUGACUUCCUCUUCCCCAUCUGAGGUUCCAGAGAGGGCUCAGAACUUUCCUUUCACAAAGCAGCGAAAACUGAGCCCCUCACACCCUUCAAGACCCCAGGAGCUUCCCUCUCCCUCCCCACCCCCGAAAGCCGGCCUCAGCUCUGCCUCCUUUGCACCCGAGCCCCGCUGCCCGCAACCAGGAUGAUGAUGUGGUCCAACUUCUUCAUGCAAGAGGAGGACCGGCGGCGGGCGGCGGCGGGCCGGCGGCGGGCUCGCGGCCUGCAGAGGUCCCAGAUGACCCCGGAGCGCGAGGGCAAGAUCAAGCUGGUGCUGCUGCUGACCUCCGUGGGCGCCACGCUGGCCGUGCUGGCCGUGGGCACCGAGUUCUGGGUGGAGCUCAACACCUACAGGGACAACGGCAGCGCCGUCUGUGACGCCGCCCACCUGGGGCUGUGGAAGCUGUGCACCAAGCGACUGUGGCAGGCGGACGUGCCCGCUGGCAGAGACACCUGCGGCCCCGCAGGGCUGCCCGGAGAAGCAAACUGCACUUAUUUUAAAUUCUUCACCACGGGAGAGAAUGCACACGUCUUCCAGAGAACCACAAAGAAAGAGGUGAACGUGGCAGCUGCGGUGAUAGCAGUGCUAGGCCUGGCAGUCAUGGCCCUGGGGUGCCUCUGUGUCAUCAUGGUGCUCAGCAAAGGUGCAGAGUUCCUGCUCCGGGUCGGAGCUGUCUGCUUUGGCCUCUCAGGUCUGCUGCUUCUGGUCAGCCUGGAGGUGUUUCGGCAUUCCGUACAAGCCUUGUUGCAGAGAGUGAGCCCUGAGCCUCCCCCGGCCCCAGCCCUGAGCUAUGAAUACUCCUGGUCUCUGGGCUGUGGGGUGGGGGCCGGCCUGGUCCUGAUCCUGGGGGGUGGCUGCUUUCUCCUGCUCACCUUGCCUCCCUGGCCCUGGGGCUCCCUCUGUCCCAAGUCAGGACACAGGGCCACCUAGCGCCAUGGUCACGCUUUCUCUAGGCUCCUUCCAAAACCUUCCCCUUUCUCCAUUGUACCCCUCGAAAUCUUUUGCCCCACAUCCUAGAGAAACUGUUCUCCUAGCUCCGGGACCCAUGCUGUUUGCACACACCUGCCCCUCAUGCCCGCAUCUUUUCCCUUUGUAAAUAUGUUUUCCUUGGUGCCUGAAUCUGGGUUGCUUGGGGGUGGGUUGGGGAGAGGACUUUUGCAAACGAGGGUCCCCAGGGAAGGCUGGCAGGGACCUGAUGGGAUAACUAGGGAGGGGGAGGGUGAAGUCAGGGGGUCUUGGGAGGGAGUUGGACCUAUUCAUUUCCCAGAUUUGGAUAUAUUCCCUUGUGGGAGAGACUUCUUCUGGGGAAAUAGGGGAGGAGGGGGUUGGAGAAUCUCUGGGUCUGACCUUGCUCUGGUCUGAUUUGGGAUUAAAGAUUUGGAAUUUAACAACUUUGAUUUGGGGUCUGUUGUGAUGUGAUUUGUGCAUUCUGGGGUAGAGAAAAGUGACUCCUGGUGCUCUCCAGAAACCUGCUACAUGCUGCUUGUCAGUCCCAGGGUCACAUGUCCAUGAACCAAUAGAGAGUGACUGAAAACUCAACAGUGGGGAGCACAAACACUGUUCUGGGUUGAACGGGGUCCCUCCUGAAAGUGUAUGAUGGAGUCCUAACUCCCAGUUCCUCAGAAUGUGACCUUGUUUGGAGAUGGGGUCUUUGCAGAGCUAAUCAAGUGAAAAUGAGGUCAUUUCAUUGCAUUAGUGUGUGCCCUAAUCCAAAAUGACUAAGGAGAGGAGAUUAGGACACUGACGUGGACAGAGGGAGACGAGGUGAAGAGGCCCAGGAAGAAGGCGACCAUCUAUGAGCCAAGGAGAGAGGCCUGGAGCAGACUCUUCCUCACAGCCCUCAAAAGGAACCAGCCCUGCAGACACCUUGAUCUCAGACUUCCAGCCUCCAGAGCCGUGAGACUGUCCCUGGCCAUUGCUUAAGCCCGGGGUCUACAGUACUUUAUUACGCAGACCUAGCAGACUGAUACACAUGUCCAUACCUGGAAGUGGGAUGCUGCUGUGACAAACACCUAAAAAUGUGGAGUGGCUUUGGAUUUGGGGACUAGGAAGAGGCUGGAGGUGUUCUGAGGAUGGUCUUGAUGAGACUGUUGGUAGAAAUACAGGUGUGAAAGGAAAUUCCAAGAAGGAAGGACUCCAGAAAUAACAAGGAGCAUUGGAGAGAGAGCUUCCAUCAUCUUAGAGAAUACAUGUAUCACUAUGAACAGAAGCUGGUCAGCAACAACUAACAGUGACCAGGGCAUGAAAUCCUGAUGUCAAGUGUCCAAGUCCUUUAGCCAAGGUCCAGCCUUCUCUCUUAUGAA